UCCCGGUUCAAACUGUUCUUCUCGUCAGUAAUGGUCUCGAUGGUCUGGAGAGCGGUCUGGAGCUGGGCCUGACUCUCGUUCCAAUCGUCGAGGUAACCGAUCACAGAAAGGCCAUCAUCUACGUCACAAACAUGUUUGGCGUGGAUGUCGAUGUGGAGAGUGCCCUCGAGAAUCUCCACGGGCUCUUCCAUGCAGAGAAGGAAGUCCAUGGGAUCACGGACUUGAGGACCUUGAUCGUCGGUGGGAUCGUCAAUACAGCGGGAGCGUAG